AUGGAGAAAACCAACAGCCAGGAUGCUGAGAAAGGCGUCAGCGUCGCUGAUCGGAUUAGCCAGAAGAACGAGAACCAGUCGCCAGAUAUGGACUCUGAGAAAAUCAAGGAUCUCCACGCUCCUCGCGAUUUCACGUUAGGCACAGCUGAUGCUCUUACUCCGGAUCCCGGCACAGAAGAUAUGUUCAACGCUAAGAAUGACAAAUUUGCCUUCUCGCCAGGCCAGCUCUCCAAGCUACUUAACCCCAAGAGCCACAAUGCAUUCUACGCGCUAGGCGGCCUGGCCGGCCUAGAAAAGGGCCUCCGAACCAAUAGGAAGACCGGUCUCAGCAUUGACGAGGACUCUCUAGAUGGCACUAUGUCAUUCGAAGAAGCUGCUCUCAAAGGCGUGCCCAAGUAUGGCGCCGCUGGCAACAGUGUGCCCCAGCGAGAUCGCAAUACAAAAAAUGACGUUUAUAUCCCACCGCCUCCGGCUCAGUACACUGGCGGCUUUGCAGACCGAAAACAUGCAUUCAGAGACAAUCGGCUCCCUGACAAAAAGCAAAAGUCAUUCUUGCAGUUGGUCUGGAUCACUUACAAUGACAAAGUCUUGAUUCUCCUGUCGGUCGCUGCUGUCGUCUCCCUCGCCCUAGGCCUAUAUGAGGCUAUUGGCCAAGAGCAUAGGCCGGGUGAGCCCAGGGUUGAGUGGGUAGAGGGUGUGGCCAUCAUGGUUGCUAUCCUGAUCGUUGUCUUGGUUGGAUCAAUCAACGACUGGAAGAUGCAGCGCCAAUUCAACACACUGGACAAGAAGAACAGCGAUCGGACAGUCAAAGUAAUUCGGUCUGGAAAAUCUGUCGAGAUUCCUAUCUCCGAUAUUGUUGUCGGGGAUGUAAUGCACCUAUACACCGGUGAUAUGGUACCAGUGGAUGGCAUUUUCAUUAAUGGCCACAGUGUCAAGUGUGAUGAGUCCUCGGCAACUGGAGAGUCUGACCUGUUGAAGAAGGUCCCAGCUGAUGAAGUCUUUGAGGCACUCGAUAAUAUGGCAAAUAACGGUGCUGAUCGACCUGACGUCGAGAAACUGGACCCUUUUAUCAUUUCGGGUAGCAAGAUUCAGGAGGGCACUGGUACCUUCUUGGUGACAGCCGUGGGCGUCAACUCUUCUUAUGGCCGCAUUACCAUGUCUUUGAGAACCGAACAGGAGGACACGCCGUUACAGAGAAAGCUCAACAUUCUCGCUGAUUUCAUCGCAAAAGUUGGCUUUGCCGCUGCUCUACUACUGUUCGUCAUUCUUUUCAUCAGAUUCUUAGUCAACCUCAAGGGUAGCGAUGCUAGCCCAGCACAAAAAGGCCAGCAGUUCCUAAAGCUCUUCAUUGUUUCCGUCACUGUGGUCGUGGUGGCAGUGCCGGAGGGUCUUCCCCUAGCUGUAACAUUGGCUUUGGCAUUUGCGACUACACGCAUGAUGAAAGACAACAACCUUGUCCGCAUUUUGAAGGCUUGUGAGACAAUGGGGAAUGCAACGACUGUCUGUUCUGACAAAACCGGUACUCUGACACAGAACAAGAUGACGGUAGUUGCAACAACUUUGGGGAAAAGUAUAAGCUUUGGCGGUACAGAUGCCCCUCUUGAGGAACCAAAGGACGAGAAGCCCAAGAAUAGUACGUCCCCUUCCGACGAAACCCCUGUCAACACAAUUCGAAACAUCCCCGUCAAUGAGUUUGCCGGUGAACUUAGCUCGGAAACGAAGCAACUCUUGAUUCAAGGUAACGCCGUCAACUCGACAGCUUUUGAAGGCGACCAAGAAGGGGAGAAAACUUUUAUCGGAUCCAAGACUGAAGUCGCAUUGCUCACUUUCUGCCGAGAUCACCUGGGAGCAGGACCAGUUGAAGAAGAGCGUACGAAUGCGAACGUCGUCCAGGUCGUACCAUUUGACUCUGCAGUUAAAUAUAUGGCCACCGUCGUCAAACUUCCUAGUGGAAAGUACAGAGCUUAUGUCAAGGGGGCUUCAGAGAUUUUGCUGAGCAAAUGUACUAAGGUGAUGGACGGCGUGGGCGAUGCAAACCUCAAUGUCGUGGAUCUUACUUCAGAAGACCGCAAGAUAUUUUCUCAGAUCAUAACAUCUUAUGCCGGUCAGACAUUGCGAACGAUUGGCUCUUCAUUCCGCGACUUCGAGUCAUGGCCACCAAAAGAUGCCAUUUCAAACGACGACCCAAGAGCAGCAGACUUUAACAAGAUCCACGAAGACAUGACGUUGACUGCGAUUUAUGGUAUCAAAGACCCGUUGCGACCCACUGUUAUCGACGCCAUCAAAGACUGCAACCGCGCAGGCGUUGUAGUUCGUAUGGUAACGGGCGACAAUAUCUUGACCGCAAGAGCCAUUGCUAAAGAAUGCGGCAUAUAUCACCCAGAGGAAGGUGGCAUCGCCAUGGAAGGCCCAGACUUCCGACGAAAGUCAGAAGAGGAACUGAAGGAGCUCGUUCCUCGGCUCCAAGUUCUCGCCCGGUCGAGUCCUGAAGAUAAGAGGAUCCUGGUACGAAUUCUCAAAGACCUUGGCGAGACGGUUGCUGUUACCGGAGAUGGUACCAACGACGCACCUGCCCUCAAACUGGCAGAUAUCGGAUUUUCUAUGGGUAUUGCUGGAACAGAAGUCGCAAAGGAGGCAUCGGCUAUCAUUCUCAUGGAUGAUAACUUUGCUUCUAUUGUCAAAGGUAUUAUGUGGGGAAGGGCUGUCAAUGAUUCUGUAAAGAAGUUUCUGCAGUUCCAAUUGACCGUCAACGUCACUGCUGUUAUUCUCACAUUUAUAACAGCAGUAGCAAGCCCAAGCCAGGAAUCCGUACUCAACGCCGUUCAGUUGCUUUGGGUCAACCUAAUCAUGGAUACAUUCGCUGCCCUUGCACUAGCUACAGACCCGCCAACUCGCAGUGUGUUAGACAGAAAGCCAGAUCGCAAGUCUGCCUCUCUCAUCACUUUAAGAAUGGCCAAAAUGAUCAUCGGUCAGGCCAUUGUCCAACUCGUAAUCACUCUUGUCUUGAACUUUGCAGGGCAUAGCAUGCUCGGAUAUAGCGAAAAGCGACUGAAUACUCUGGUUUUCAACACCUUCGUGUGGCUGCAAAUUUUCAAUGAACUGAACAACCGCCGGCUGGACAAUAAGCUGAAUAUUUUUGAGAACAUCACCAAGAACUACUUCUUCAUCGCCAUCAACCUGAUCAUGAUCGGUGGGCAAGUGCUUAUCAUCUUUGUCGGCGGAGCUGCGUUCGAUAUCGAGAGGCUGGGAGGCCGCCGCACGACCUUUCUACACGCAAGUUCUCCCCCUCCGACCACACUCCAGUCCUCGAUCGUAGACCAGCAAUAUGCCCAUACUCUUUUUGCUGACAUUCCUCAAUAUAGCGCCAUCUUCAAGAACAACUUCUCCAUGCUUGGCUUCGUCUUCGCGACGGGCUUUGCAUUCGAGCUUGGCUUCAACGGUGCGAUGAACAAGUACUGGGACUACCUUAACCGCGGCCGCCAAUGGAAGGACAUCCGCCACAAGUACAUCGAGGCCGCCGACGACGAGGAAUAG